AUGGUUCUCCAGCCAGAGUCUGUCCCGAAGUCUCGCAGGGAUCCCCCGCCCGAGUUCAAGUUCCAUUCGUCGUGCGAUACGUGCCUCAAGGCCAAGAUCAAAUGUAGCCAAGCCAAACCGUCAUGUGCUCGGUGCCUCCAGCAGAAUCGCCGGUGUGUUUAUAGUCCAUACCGCAAGAUUGGCCGACCCUCCACAAAGAAUCUACCUCCCCCGGACCAGCAGCAGCGGGCGGUGGGAGGGACGGCCCGGAAGGGUAGAAAACCCCACCCACAACAAAUUUCCCUCCCUUCGCUCGGCGUUGAGACCAGAUCCUGGGUAGACAAUCUCGUCCAUCCAACAAACCCGGCCUUGCAUGCCGAGGAGUCAGUCUUGGUACCACACGAGAGCUGGUCCAAUCCAGAGCUAACGGGCAACAUCAACCGUUUGGACUAUGGGUUAGAAGGGGCCAACUGGCCUAGCUUGGACGGGCUUUUUGAUGCACCCGCGCCGAUGCUGUCCCUGGCAAACCAUGAGUUAGCUUCUGCAGGCUUCCAGCUGGACCAGGUAGACCCUGACCCCGACCAGGAUGAGCUCACCGGGUACCUGAGCCCUUCGUCGUUAAGUAGCCGUGAAUCCCCCAUCACGCCGCUUCCCACUCCUCAGACUGAACGUGGAUUGUUCGGAAUCCGCUCAGAAUUUCCCUUUGCUGCGGGACACUCUCUCGGGACCGGACCCGUGCUGCCCAAACCCCUGAAUGCCUUCCCGGCAUUCUUUUCUUCUUCCUCAUCUGCCUCCUCCCCAGUCACCGAGGCCGGUGGAUUCAAUCUAUUCCUUGCACCCAGCGCCCGAUGCACGUUUCAAUGUUACCCGGACCUGAUCAACCUACUGAACGACAUUAAUGAAUUUCAACGAAAUAACUCAGGUAUCCCCCUUGACGUGCUUCUCAACCUUGACAAGCGAGUGUGCAAGGUACGCGAAACGGUCUUGCGCUGUCCAUGCUGUCUAGUGAGUCCCGGGGCGGCCCUGACGCUGAUGUUGAUUACCGUGGUGAGCAUCAACCUCCUCGGUUUGUUUGAGCGGAGCUGUAGAUCCACCGAUAGGGAUUCGGGGAGCAGCAUGAGCCGAGAAGAGUCGAGGGUGGUCUCCAGCAUCGCCCUGGAUGAUAGAAGCCACGUCGACCGAGGCAGGUCGCGCAACCCUCUACCGUACACGACAGGCCAUCUGACCGUGGGGAACAUCCAGCUGGAUGAGACGGUAAAGUUGGCCAUUUCACGACGACUGGUUCGUCUGUACCUAGAGCGACAACUGGGGGUGGUGCAGCAGUUAAACCAGUUGCUGGGCAGAGCAGAGGGGGACACUGCGAGUGUCAAAGUCACGCAAGAGUUACUAAGAGAUCAGUUGCGAAGAUUAGAGCAUUUCGUCGGGUUUAUUACUCUCACAGACUAG